CGGUGUUUCUGGCAGUACAGCAUGGAGGAACAAUGCCACAGUUUAGGAUUACACAUUAUGUCAUUGCCGUUUUUAUUUUUGGAGUCUUUGACAAAGUUCUAACAGCAGUGAUCCAAACACAGCAGACUGUGCUGGCAGCAGUGGGAGAAGAUGCUGAAUUCAGCUGUCAGCUCUUGGAGACUAAAGACGUCCUUCAAAUCCAGUGGAACAAACUAUUUCACUGGAAAGGUGCGGCAAACCAAGAGAAGAAUAUAGCUUCUUUGGACAAAAUAUUUGGCCAACGUGUGAAUCCUGAGUUUAUACAUAAAAUUAAGUUUAAACAUGCUGGACUGCAGAACACCUCCAUAGUCAUCAGGAAUGUGACAAAGCAGGAUGAAAGCUGCUAUCAGUGUUUAUUUAAAACCCCAGAAGGAUCUCUGACAGCUACAACCUGCCUUCACCUCUAUGACCUGUAUCAACCAGUUCUUGAUGACAGAGAGAGCGAUUAUGAUGAUGGUUUGAAUGAGAAAUCACGAUCUAAUCACAUAAAUUUAGAAAUCAGGACUUUGGUCAUUCUGUCCUCUGUGGUGUUGGUGGCCUGUGCUACUGCAGUCAUCUUUGUCAGAACUCGUGAUGAAUGAUUCCUGAAACUAGCGACACUCAGGACUAAGUCACUCUUCAUCCCGUCAAACUGCACUUGGAAAGUUUCUGAUUUCUUUUUCACUCUCUGAUAUGUUGUGACCUUAGAAAUAGUCUAACUUGCCUGUAGCUCUCUUUGUGUCUCUUUAUGUUUACUACAAAUAUCAAACAAACUCCGAUCCAUAUCGCUCUGUGCUGUCUUAGCUAUUAAUACUACAGUGUUUUCAAUUUAGGGACUAAAACACCUUCAUUCUAAGAGGUUGACAAUCAGUUUAAAAGCACAAACCUCCUGAGAGACCAACCUCACCAUGAUCUGGGGCUUUCACGUUCAUUUUAACCACUUUUGACUUAGUUUUGUUUUUUUGUUUCAUUUCAACAACUAUUGCACUAAGUAUUGCACCAAAAAUGCACUUUCAAUUUCAGUAUUUUGUACACACGACUGUACUGCUGUCUGACCUCUUUGCAAAGGUAAAUAAAACUA